AGUAUUCCAACUUUACUUGUCGAGGGAUGUCGGUGGAAACGUUGUAGAGUUUUCCUCAAAUUCGAGCGAACGUGGUAUUUUGGAAACAAAACAUUCAAUUAUAAAAUGUAAAGGUGCUGUUUCUAUUUUAACGUAAAUUGUUGAAAAAAAGACUGAACUGUUUUUAAAAAAUGAGUUUGAGAAAAAUUGUGGUUUUUUGCUUUAUGAUUAUUAACUUCGGCAAAGUUGCGCUGGCGAGCAAAUAUGGUGAAGGAGGCGGGGUGAAUCGUCUGAGCAAUGAUUUGAAGCCAUCGUUGUCGCCCUUGAAUGAUUCAGAAUUGGCAGAAAAUUUAGGUCCUCCAGAUUCCCAUGAAGCCAUGAACAACCGAGAAAUCUAUUCCAUUCCCGUGAACAUCCGAGAGAAAAGGAGCUUCGAAUUUUUGAUGGGUUUAAUCAAUAAUAAUUCUAAAUUUGAAGUUACCAAAGUAGACCCUGAAAGCACUACGGAAAAACCGGCGGUAGUUACUGGAGAUCGUGUCGGAGCAAGUGAAAUUCUUCUAGAAUUAAUGGUGAGAAUCGCAUCUCAUCCAGAUCAAUGGGACAGAGUCCACAAAAUUUUACAAACGUUGGAUCAGGACUUGAAAGCAUCAAGAAGUGUUGUCACUCAAUUACAAACUCUACCACAUCACAACAAAACCAUCCAAAACUCUACUGGAGAUAAUCAAAUAAACUCAAAUAAGAAUAUCUCUAUGUAUAUAAAUAAUACAGUCAAGACAGAAAAGAAAAUGGAAGACGUUAGAUGGCCAAAUGAUGAGAAACACAGUAUUUUGAGAAUUGUAAAUAACAAUAAUUAUUCAGAGAUGCAUGAAACUAAGGCUUUAGCUAAUAACGAGAAGUCAAAGGAGAAAUCUAAUAAACCUACAUAUCCAAAGAACUUCACAUAUCAUAGAGUCACAGGUAAACCUGAUAACACUAGCAAAAAUCCGAGGGCAUACAUAGCUGUCUCAGUGAUAGCACCAAAUAAAACAUCAAGCAAAACUAAAGCAGUCGGAAUCGAAGAGGAUUUAACUUUAGAAAACGAACUACAUCAGUUGAAACCAUGGACCCAUUUACAAAAUCUAAAAGACAUGGAAUCAAUUAGAUCUAAAUGGAUUGUACGAAGAAACAAACAAAACAAGGAAUCAUAGAAAGAGAAUAGCAGCAAUUUGUGAAUAUUAUAAAUAGAAUAAUACAGGCACUAGUUUUUCUGAUUAAAUAUGUUAAUAUUUUAUAUUUUUAAAAAUUAGAAAUGAUGUAAUUCUAGAAUUAAAUAGAAUCAAACUUUGUGGCAUAGACCAAUAGUCCCAGGAAGUAAUUAACGUGAUAUGAAAUAAAUUUAAAAGAUUAGUUAAUAUUUCGAUCAUGUGACAGCUUCACAAAUUUUUAAUGAAACGAGGCAUGCUUAAAUUAAUAAAUUAAAGUGAAUGGUACUUAAUAAACUGAAAAUUAUAUUAGUUAUCUUCCACUUUAAAAUAUAAUUGACACACACCAAUCUUUUAUUAUCGGUUGAUGAUUGAUAUCAUUUAGAUAUUAUUAACCAUAGAUGUAUCUCUCAAAAGGGGCCAAAGAUCACACUUUGUUUUAAAGGUGAUUUUGGAUUCCGAAAUUCAUUUAUUGCCUUGAGUUUUAAUUUUUACAGUUAUAUAUUAUGUGUGAUUAUAAUUCAUUAGUAAUAUACUACAGUUGUGGCUGCAGAGCUUUAAUCGGGAACAAAAAACGGGACAGGUCAGAAUUAGUGCUGUACUCAUCUAAAAUUACGAAUAAUUAACUACUUGUUGUGAUGGAGAAGAUACUUCUGCUUGAUGUUAUUCCAAAUAAAUUCCAUUCACUUGUUGCUAAUGAUGUUUGGAUAGUCCUUUGGGCUCACUUAAGAAUGCUAUCUGGUAAUGAUUAAGUUUUGAAGACUGUACUUCUAAGUAAAUUUCAACUUUUUUGGUGUAAAAUGAUUCAAAUCGAAAUAUCAGUUUUAAUCUUGCACUAUCAUUAAGCCAAAUUGGCAAUUAUUACACAAAUUUCAUGGUAGAAGAUGUGUAAUAAAACUUAGAGUCGGUGAAGCUUAUCAUUGUGAUAUUUUAGGAAUAAUAUUGGCGGUGAGAAAUCGGGUUUAAGAUUAUAUAUUGUAGAUUACAGAUAUAGCUAAGGCAAUGAAACAUCCAUAAAUGUUACUUUUCUUACCCCGGAGAGAACAUGAUUAGACUAUUAAUUAAUUCUGUUAAGUUACAAUGUUAUUUGAGGUUAAGUGCUUCUUUUGAACAGAAACAUUUUUAAAUUUAAGUAUGUCUCGUAUCAUUAAUACCACAGAAAUAGGAAGAAUAAUAUAUUCAGAUAAAAUCAAAGUCAUGUAUUCAAAUUAUCAAUUUAUCUACUUAUCAACUUAAAUGAUACAUUCCGUAAGACUAGAAAUCCGAUCACUAUGCAUCUUCUGUGCUUCUUUUUUCCUAUUCUAAAUAAGUUUGGAGGGACAGAAUCUUUCCAUAUUUUUCAGGGUCUAUUCAUUGAUAUUUUAGCAUCCAGUUUAUUAAUGAUAAUACGCUCCAUUUUCUCGCUUUGGGAACACGCUAUCGCCUUCAAUGUUGUGAGGGAAUGAGGACACCAUAUAAUCACAGUAAUCUCAAUGUGGUUAGAAUGCCAUGUCCAAAGCCACCGAUGGACCUAGAACCCAUUUUUGGUGUCGCAAAAAAUGUAGCUUCUACGUCAAAAGACCAAUUCUUCGAAUAUGGACGGAAAUAGUUAUAUGAGUCAAACCAAAGCACACAUAGAAGGACCUUCUGCGUGCCUUACCAAUCAACUUCUCCUUUUAACAGGUGUGAAGCUCGACUUGUGACUGUUUUUUUAACCAGAAAAUCACUAAGACGUUAUCUGUAUGAUAGGCAUCACCGAUGCAUGUAGAAUAAGGAAUUUGCAGAGGUACUUGAUUACCUUUUCAAAUGAUUUCAGCCUUUGAUAGUAGAGCACGACAAAUCCCAUGGACGCAACGGUAUUUGACCGCCCAAUAACUUAUUUAUUAAUAAACUUUAUUAAUCUAUUGUCUUUAGAUAGUACUACAUUGCUAAAUUUCACUCAAUCAGUUUUCAUGAGCUUGAUUAUGUUUUUACUACCAUAUAGUUUAGAUUUCAACAUUAAAGUAAAAUGUUAUAACGUUUUAUUUUCUGCUAUUGUUCUUUGUACGAUAUUCUUUCCUCUAUAGAAAGAAUUUAUUAUUAAUUUGAUUAUAAUAGACCUUAAGCAAAAUUUUAUGCUCUAAUAUUCAUAAAGAAGGUUUUUAUACCUCCGACAUCGAAAGUUGUACAAACUAAGUAGAAUCAAUAGCAAAGUUUCUAUAAAAGUUAUAAAAUAUACUAAAAUGUUAUGGAUAGUGGACAUUAUAAUACAAUAUGCUCACCGAGAAUAUUUCUCUAAUUCUUCUAUGUCAACCAUAUAUUUUGUUCUAUCCUCUGAUGUUUCUAUCUAUUUGGUAUCAAAUUCGACUCACUGUCUCUUUAGAUUUAUCAAUCCAUCUUCUGUUAUGCAGUCUCUACUACACAAAUGUCUUUUCCAACUAGUAUCAUCCUGUUUGACAAGUCGCCAUACUCAUAUCCAUUCCAUUAGAGCAACUUGUUUUAUUACAUUCUACAUAUUGCAUCGAACUUGAGGACAUGGUUUGCUAAUAAAUUAUCAUCAUAUUGGCAAAAGAUGUGGAAUUAUUAAACAAUUUCUUUUGUUUAGUAACUGCUCUAGUUUCUCAUAAAAUUAGUGUUUCGUAGUUAAAUGUGAAAAUCCGAGCAAGAUGACUUUUAAAGCAUAUUGAAACAUUGGAUUUCAGAAAACAUAGUCAUUGUUUAUAAACACAUAUAUAAAUAUGUAUAUAUACAUAUAUAUAUAUAUAUAUAUACUUUGAUUCUACCUAAAUAUAGAUGAAAACCUGCUCCUACUUUUAAAACCAAUAUUAAAUCUCACAGUUCCGGCAUAAUUAAAAACUUGAACCAAUGAUAUACAUUUUUUACUGUUGAAAACCUACUCUGAAAAUAGCCCUUAGGUUCGUUUAAAAAAAGAAAAUAAUAUGUUGUAUAAUAGUUCUUAUAUUUAAAAUAACUUAGCUUUAGAUAAUACAUUGCGUACUAUUUGAAAAUAAAAUCAUAAAUAGCGGAAAGCACUCAUGCUGCAUAUCGAUAAAUUUUUUUAAAGCAUAUCUUUAUAUGGAUUAUUAUAAGUUAAUUAAAAUUAUUAGACACACAACUUCCUGAAGCUUUGUCAAACAAAAGGCGAUAUUAUCAUACGCCAAAGCGUAACCAGGUAAACUCUUACAGUCUCUUCAUUUUGUAGCGCUUCCUUGUAUUGUGUUCGAACCAUUGAAAUAGAAGGGAAUGAAGAAGCAAUAUUAUUUACAUAAUAUUAUAUAAUAGUAUUUUCUAGAGAAUAAAUAUAUGGCGAAAUAUAUUUGAAACAUUUGUCUUUUAAAUACAAUUAAUUUCAUACAUUCCCAAUACAAUUUGAAUUAAGCUGAUUUCCACAAAUAGAAGUAAAUCUAAUAUAGUUACAAGAGACUAUUUCAAUGGAAUAAAAUCAUGUUGAAAAGCUUACAAUAUCUAACAGGGUUGUCAGCUCUAAGCGUGCAUCGCAAAUAUCUAUGUCUUUCAUAUGUUUCCAAAAUCUCUAGUAAUAAAAAUACCCAACUCAUACAAAUACCUUCACAGAUCGUUUCCAAAGAAACAUACAGCAACAAGCUUCGAAAGAAACCUUAAUGAUCUACGAAUCCCAAUUCCCAAUACUCACCACCCUGGCUGAUUCCCAUACCGAAAUUUAAUACCACCCUUAAUAUGGCAAAAUAUUAGACUCAACCUUAUUAAACCAUCUUUAAAAUUGAAUUUCAAACCUAUCACUUCUACAUAAAUUGCAGAAUUAUAUGCAAUAUUACAAGCACUCGUUCAUAUUAGAGAAUCAAAAAAGUCCACUUAGCUCACUUCAAACUAUCCAACGCCUAUAUAUCUACAAAGCUGAAAUAGUGUACUUUAAAAAUGAAGAUGCCAGCGUCGAAUUUAUUCAAUCUGAAAGAAAUCAAACAAUCAGUGAAUUCCUUGGCCCCAAACAACAUCAAACAGACCACACCAAAUGAGAAUAUUGCGCUAACGCCUGGGUCAUAGCAAUUUAAGCCGUAAAAAUCUUCUAAUACGCACUGAGUUGCCAAAAUGCGAAACCUGUGAUGUAGAUCUUAGUGUUAAACAUAAACUAGCGCAGUGUAAACAAUACGAAGACACAAGAAAGAAGUACGAUAUUUCGGUGAACUUCGGCAAAAACAUGGAUAUGAAUGUACUGUAAUGUAAUGUCAGUCCUCUGCCUAUCCUCUGACUAAUAACUGUAGUAUUUGAAACGACUAGAAACAAUAUGUCAUUUGAUAUCAAAUUUUUUCGUCUUUAAAUUUAUUAAUAAUUCCUAUUAUUAAAAUUGAAUAUUGUUUUAAAAACUAUUUGUUAUGUGUUUCAUUCAUAUUUUAAUUUUAUUCUGAAAACUCAUAGAACUCUCAAUUGAAAUAUUCAUUUUGCAUUGAAAUUUUAAAUUCUACUCCAUUUGUUUAGGUCCCUUUUAUAACCAACAACUUUGUACGUGAACCUUUUUUUAAAAAUUCUCUUCUUCUUGUAUUUAAAGAAUUUUGGAUGUUUAUAUUUGAUUGUAUGUUUUUCUGAUAUAUAAUGCAGUUUUAUUUUUUUUAUCAUCUUAAUGACUUUCUAAUCUAUUAUCUAAAUACUGGGGUGUCUAUCCUAUGUAAAUAGCAUAACAAUUAUCACAAAGUACUUGAUAUAUCACAUUACUUCUUUUAUUUUGGGGUCAUUUAGAUUCAAAUUCAGUAAAAUAUGUGAAAUGUAUUUUUUUGCCAUCAAAGAAUUUUCUGAAAUACAUAACUUUUUGCAAAAGAAACUAGCAUUUUAUAUAUUUAAAAUUAUUUAAUAAUGAAAAAAUAUUAAUUCUAAAGUAACAUUAAUUACAAUGAAUCCAGAAAAAAUAACUUAACCUAUGAAAUUAAAGUUUUAUUUUCACAAAACAAAAACUAUUCAAAUGCACUGUUGAAUCAAUAUAAAAUUGCCAAAAACAAACGUGAGCGUAAAUAAAAUAAAAUACUUGGAGUGGAAUCUUUUUUGUUAUAUGUAGAAGGCAGUUAUUCCUCUUGUACUCUUAAGUCAAUGGUUGGAAAACUGAAUGAAACAAGAAACGAGCGUUAAUAUUAUACAUGACUCUAGUGGACUGUAUUUGAUGACAGAUUCGUGUAGCACAUUCUGAAUUCUUGUAACACUCUCUGUUUAACAAAGACUACAUUUUUUAAUCACAAUGAACAAAUAUCAUUUAUAGAUUCUUUAAUUUUUUUAUUCGUUUGAUUUUUUAAUUUAAUAUUGUUAAAAGAAUGGAAGAUAUUGCAACAGUAUAGUGACUACAUACACGGUUUUUACUUUUCAUCUGAUAUGCAUAAACUUGUAUAUUUAGUACGAAAUUAAAGAUUACCUUUAGUAA